CAUUUAUUGCAGGGUGCCUAUUCUAAUUUUAGGAAGACCACGGUGGAAAAGUUUAGAAAUAGUAAAUUAAUUCAUUUAAGUGCCUUUUUAAUUUGUGGAACUAACAUUCAAAAAUGUCUCGUGUCCUUGUUGGAGUAAAGCGUGUGGUCGACUAUGCCGUAAAGGUACGAGUUAAGCCUGACAAAACUGGUGUGGUCACCGAGGGAGUGAAACAUUCAAUGAACCCUUUCGAUGAAAUCGCUGUAGAGGAGGCUAUUAAACUAAAAGAAAAGAAGAUCGCCUCAGAAAUCAUCGCUGUUUCAGUUGGUCCAACACAAUCUCAAGAAGUGAUACGUACUGCUUUAGCAAUGGGUGCUGAUCGUGGAGUACAUGUUGAGGUAUCGGGCAAAGACUACGAUUUAUUGCAACCAAUUCAUGUAUCUAAGAUUUUGGCUAAGUUGGCAUUAGACGAGAAAGCUGACUUGAUAAUCGUCGGUAAACAAGCCAUUGACGAUGACAGCAACCAGACAGCACAAAUGACCGCUGCCGUUCUCGAUUGGCCUCAGGGUACUUUUUGCAAUAAAGUCGAAAAGACCGAUGCAGGGUUGAGCAUUACACGCGAAAUCGAUGGUGGUUUGGAAACGAUAAAGACAAAGAUUCCAGCUGUAUUGAGCGCUGAUUUACGUCUAAACACACCACGCUAUGCAACAUUGCCAAACAUCAUGAAAGCCAAAAAGAAGCCAUUAAAGAAAGUUACACCAAAGGAUUUGGGUGUUGAUACCACACCGCGCAUUGAAGUUGUCUCCGUUGAGGAGCCACCUGUGCGCCAAGCUGGUGCUCUGGUGGCAGAUGUGGAUGCCCUUGUUGGUAAAUUGAAGGAAGGCGGACACAUCUAAAUAUUUUGGUGUUAAUUCAAUGAAAUUUAAAAAGUGCAUUUAUGAAAUUUAACUGAUAUUUUGUUUAUUUACCCCUUUUUAUUUGCUAUACCCUAUUAAAAUUUCGUAGAAAAUUUAAAAAAUACUUAA